GUUUUACUCGUCUACGAAUACGUAGACCUGUUCGCAAAUGUCUAUUGCUCCUUCUUCGAGCUCGUAAUUGACUUCUCCAUUUCAUUGCCAUAGCUUCCAUUUUGUGUUUCGUCGCAGGUUUUGUGCGUUCGGACCACCAUGGAGGACGAGGUAAAGGCACUCUUGGACCUCGUUAACAAGUUGCAGCCGUCCGUCGCGGAUCCUGUGCACUCUUCACAGUUCAAAAAGCUGAAGGAUCAUGCUGAGAGGAUUGCAGCUUUGACAAAUUCACACACGGGAUCCAAUGUACGCCCUAAAAUCAAGGAAAUGAGUGGAGAGGUUGUGGAUAGCAACCCUUACAGCCGUCUCAUGGCUCUGAAGCGUAUGGGCAUUGUGAACAAUUAUGAAGAGAUUCGCAAGUUUUCUGUUGCAAUUGUGGGUAUUGGAGGCGUGGGUAGUGUUGCAGCAGAGAUGCUCACACGAUGCGGCAUUGGUAGGUUGCUGCUUUACGACUACGACACUGUUGAGUUGGCUAACAUGAACCGACUUUUCUUCAAGCCCGAUCAGGCUGGCAUGACUAAGACAGAUGCAGCUGUACAAACCCUAGCAGAAAUCAACCCUGACGUCAUUCUUGAGAGUUACACACAGAAUAUAACUACCGUGGAUGGUUUCAAAAAAUUUACCGACAGCUUGACUCGAGAUAUGAAAGGAAACAGCACUGGAGGUAAAAGCGGAGUCGAUCUAGUACUUAGCUGUGUCGAUAACUACGAAGCCCGUAUGGUUGUUAAUCAGGCUUGCAAUGAACUACGCCAAACUUGGAUGGAAUCAGGUGUAUCUGAGGAUGCAGUGUCUGGUCACAUUCAGUUAUUGAUUCCUGGAGAAACUGCUUGUUUUGCGUGUGCUCCACCCCUGGUGGUGGCAUCGGGAGUUGAUGAGAAGACACUCAAGCGGGAAGGAGUAUGUGCAGCAUCUUUACCAACUACGAUGGGCAUUGUUGCAGGACUGUUAGUACAGAACACUCUGAAGUAUCUACUUCAGUUUGGGCUUGUCUCUAGAUACUUGGGUUACAGCGCGCUGAAGGACUUUUUUCCAACUAUGGAGAUGAGGCCUAACCCUCAGUGUUCUAAUACAGCUUGUUUAGAAUGUCAGCGUGAAUAUGCAGCAAAAAAACCAGUACGAGAUGCUGCUGCAAAGGCCAAGGCUGAAGCAGAAGCUGAAGAGGCAAGUCUUGCAGCGCAAGUGCCACUACAUACAGAGAAUGAGUGGAAUAUCUGUUUAGUGGAUGACGAUGAUCCAGUGAUUUUCAGCGAGUCGGCCGGUGGAACUUCAUCAGUAGCAAACAGUUUGCCUGAUGGAUUGCGGCGGGAGCUUCCAGAGUCGGACCACUUGCACAAUACCGAGAUUACAGGGAAUGACUUCGUGCAAUCUGGAGGUGACUUGGAUGACUUAGAUGAGCUUCAAAAACAGCUUGAAGCACUUAAUGCAAUGUAGAAGGAAUUAUUUUUCCUUAUGAUAAUCCUCAACUUCUCUGCUCCUCUGGUGAGGUGCUUGAACGAUUGUUAAUCCAGAAAUUCAGUGUCCAUGUGUGUUACAAUCGUACUAGGAAUAUGUCUGCGAAAAAUUACACGUUUUUAAAGAUCCCGUGCAAUUCCACACAAUAGUGUGGCAAUUGUAGUGCGCAUUUCAUCUAA